CCCCUUUAAGAAUGAUUUUACAAAGGCAGCGCCUCCCUCCCCGAAGACAGCGCACCGCCUGUUCGAUUCUCGCUUGGGACUCGACUGAUGGCUCCGGUCGGGAAAGUCCGGAUCGUGCAAUAUGAAGGACAGCGGUUCCUCUGCUUUUGCAGCGAAAACUCCGUCCCCAGGCUCCAUGUCACAAAUGUUUGCGAGUUCUGGAGGUGUGAUGUUCCUUUGGACAAGCUGGACGGACAGGUAUCUCAGGAUGGACUGAAUUCUGCGUGUGAUGACAGCGUUGUUAAACUCAGAGAAGUCUUUGAGUAUCAGACUCCUUCACUAACUAUACAUGACAGCAAAGCCACCUUAAAGUUCCAAGACAGCAGAGAAACGUUGACCUUUGAUUUGUUCAAAGUCUCCCUCUCUGAAGCAAGGAAACUAGCCCAGGAUCUGGUAUUUGGCUUGGUGGAGCAGGUGCAAAAGCUGGAAAAACAAGUGGAUGCCCUUGCUAGUGCUGGGCCUUCACCCCUUAGUAGCCCUGAGAAGAACACAUUGAAAAGCCAGUCUCUCUACACUUCAGAACUGAGUCCUCGCAAAGGCCGCGGUGGAGCUGGCACAGGGCAAGUGGCAAAUAAAAAGAGAAUGCCUGGAGAGUCCCUCAUUAAUCCCGGAUUCAAAAGUAAAAAGACACCUACUGGGGUAGAUUUUGAAGAGGUCUGAGUAUUCCUUACAUCAGUCAAGGCAAAUUCGCAAGAUCUUUUCACAGACUUUUUAACAAGAUAUUGUGAAGUAUCUGUAUGCAUUUGAUCAUUUUAAACCCGAUGAAUUGCUCAGCCCUCAGCCUACCUUCUGCUCAAAACAGCGGCAAAACUCUCUGUAAAACCCAUGGGUUUUGAGAGCGAAAAGAACCAAGCAAGGUUAACUUCCUGUCUGCCAGAGAGAAGAUUGUAAACUGAAUGGGCGUCUGACACCAGUCUCAGGAGAGAUGGCAGCAGGGUCAGCAUGGAUUGAUAUCCACAACUUGACGGAGGAUCCCACCCCUUCCCAGGGACACUGAAUUGAUUUCCCAGUGGGUGAAGUGCCUGGAAGCCACGUGAGAAACAAAGCCCAAACUGAGGGCUUCUCUCUCUCCUGAUUCUGCCAAGCACCCCUCCUCACUGGCCUGAGGGGACGUGCAGCAUUGCAGAGUUUCUUGCUUGCUUUUGCUGGAGCUACUGACAGCAGUGGGGACUGAAAGAACAUUACACUCCAUGUCAGCACAGGCACAGAGAGAGAGGAACUUGGGGAAGAAGAGCCUCUUCCUGUGCUUAAAGGCUUGUAAAACAAAGUGGCAGCUGGUUCUGGGGAGGAACCUCUCAAAUGAAUUCGCCUUUUAUUGUGUCCUUCAGCAGCCUUUUAAAAAUUAAAUAUGCCUGUAAGUUACUUGAAUAAAGCAUCCCAUGUCACCUUUA